CGACAGCAAACGAGUGAGUGGAUACAUCCAGCGAAAGACUUUCUAAAGCCAUGAUAACAUGACAACAUGCCAGCAUAUUUUCUCCUGCACAGAGGUAGGGAAGGCAGAAUCUGCCACAGUGGUGCCAAAACCCGGGAUAGGAGGAAGACGCGCCGUCAGAAAAGCCCUCGCAACUGGGGGAGGGUUGCGAAGCCGAGGAGGUAUGAUAUGGUGGUAUUGGAGCGGAGGAGCCCGCUGCCGUCCUCCAGGAGACGAAGGAGCCGCUGCCGUCCGGCAGGGGGUGGGGGUGCUCAUUGCCAGUCGCCAGAGGGUGGAGGAGCCACUGCCAGUCGCCAGAGGACGGAGGAGCCGCUACCGUACGCCAGGGGUGGGGGAGCUCGCUGCCAUCCACUGGGAGGCGAAGCGGCCGCUGACGUCUGCCGGGAGGUGGAGGAGCUUGUUGCCAUCCGCCAGGAGGCGAGGUCCAGUGUCAUCGGCCGGCGUCACGGAGGACCGCUACCCAGCUGGCCGAGGACUGAAUGGCGGCGUGGUUGGUGGCCGGAGUGUUUUUUUCUCUCUCUCUCCUCUUUCUCUUUCUCUGUCUCUCCCCCACUGCUCUUUCCCUCUCCCUCCCCUCGUCUCUCCCAGGUGGGGAAGACAUGCCGGCAGAAGGACGCCCGGAAGGGCAACACCUCCCCUCCAGGAAGGGAGGGGAGUACAUCAAGGCGGAGGUUUCCCCCGGCCUCAAUCAGGCAGUGGAGGAGUGUGAUGAGGAGGAGGGCAUGGCCAGGCCGUGAGGGUGCGCGCCCAGCGCUGAAUCAGCUAAAUCAGCUGGGAGAGGGAUAAAGAGGAGCCGGGGACGCCAGUGGAGAGAGAGAGAGAGAGAGAGAGAGAGAGAAACGCAGGAUUGACUGUGGCUUCACCUUGAACACUCAUAACUGGGUCAAGAACAUAUCAGUGAAUAAACAAUCCAUAAUCCAAAAUGGACGUUUACUGGUUUGAAUCCCUGUCAAGGGAUCCGAGGAUGUUUGCAAGGAAUGUAAGCGCAGCGUAGUUCUAGCGGGAAGACUAGCAGCUGUACAUCAUCGCACCAUUAGCUAGGUAACUCCUAGCCAAUCACAUGUAAGCCAUUGCUUUAUAAGUUUGCUCACAAUCUAUCACAUUGCUAUUUCAGUGUGCUAACACGGCAACCUCCACCACCCCACCACCACCAGUUGAGUCCCGUCCUGCACAGGGGUAGGCUCCUCACCCCUGCCUCCUAUCUCCGGCAGGAUAUUAUGGUUCCAAGUACAACUUCUUCAGACCGCCAGACGGGGCUUUCG